AUGAAGCUGCGGUUGAGACGUCACGAGACGAGAGAAACCUUAAAACUUGAAUUGGCCGAUACGGCCACUCUUCAUGAUCUCCGGCGACGGAUCAAUGCAUCAGUGCCUGCCUCCGUUCAUCUAUCGCUUAAUCGUAAGGACGAGCUCCUCGCGCCUUCGCCGGAGGAUACGCUCCAAUCGCUUGGUGUUACAUCCGGUGACCUUAUUUACUACUCUCUCGAUCGCUCUGCUUUUGUUGCAUCGGCUGGGGAGAUCGGAUUAGCGUCGUCAGCAGAGGCACAUCAAGCCCUAGCUCCAAGUGGCGACGGGAAACUGGGAGAAUCUGGAACAGCCCUAGGUCCACAAUCAGAGAAGAACCAGGCGUUUGUUCACGAUUCGAUGGGUAUUGGGUUCGCAGCGACCGAUGUAGAUAUGAAUAUCCAGGAUCAAUCGAAAACCGAUCUGAAUUCAGGCGUUGAAGAUUCAGCUGAAGGAUCCGCCGGGGAAAAUUCGGGUCCAGAGCCGAUGGAUGUAGAGCAGCUUGAUGUGGAGCUAGCUGCCGCUGGAAGCAAAAGGUUAAGCGAACCAUUCUUCUUGAAAAAGAUAUUGCUUGAGAAAUCUGGUGAUACCAGUGAGUUGACUACCUUGGCUAUCUCAGUUCAUGCGGUUAUGCUGGAAUCUGGAUUUUUGCUGUACAAUCCUGGCUCUGAUAAGUUUAGCUUCUCAAAAGAGUUGCUUUCGGUAUCCCUAAGGUAUACUCUGCCUGAGCUAAUUACCCGCAACGAUACCAAUACAAUCGAGUCUGUCACUGUGACCUUUCAGAGCUUAGGCGAUAGGGUUUUUGUUUACGGGUCUCUAGGUGGGCGAGUACACAGGGUUUAUCUUGAUAAGCGUAGGUUUGUGCCCGUUAUUGAUUUGGUUAUGGAUACUCUCAAGUCUGACAAACAAGGCUCCUCGAGCAUCUUCCGCGAGGUGUUUAUGUUCUGGAGAACGAUGAAAGAUGGUCUUGCUAUCCCUUUGUUGAUUGGUUUUUGCGAUAAGUCUGGCUUGGAACUUCCACCAUGCUUGAUGCGCCUACCAACAGAGCUAAAGCUGAAGAUACUAGAGUCACUUCCUGGCGCGAGUGUUGCGAAGGUGGCUUGCGUUUGUACGGAGAUGCGGUAUCUGGCUUCAGACAAUGACUUGUGGAAACACAAGUGCUUGGAAGAAGCUAAGCACCUUGUUGUGAGUGGAUCCGGUGAUUCGGUUAACUGGAAGGCGAAAUUUGCUGCUUUUUGGAGGCAGCAGCUACAACAGCGACAGUUUGAGUCCACAGCUAGACGAACCUUUCGAAACUAUAUCACGAGGAGAGAAGGCAUUCCUUUGCCUCGGAUCAUUAGAGACCCUGACCCUUUCGAAUGGUUUGUUGGGCCUGGAUUCAUCGGUAUCCACCCGAGACAACCGGCUCGAGGGCUUGGCGGACGAGGAUGGGGACAUCCUUUUAGUCCCAGAUGCGAUCUUGGAGGAGGCAGCCACCACGGGAGCUUGGCGGACGAGGAUGGGGACGAGUUUUGA